UAACAUUAUAUAUAGAGUGAGUAUAGCUCAUAAGCUCACCACCAUGCAUCAAACAAUUCACGCCUCUUAGCUCCAUAAGCUUCUUUAUUAUGUUUUAGGUAUUAUAACAUUACAUGAAUAUAUAAAAAGCAAAAUUUGGAGUCUACGUGAAAAAACAUGAAAACACCUUGCAGCUCUGUGGGUAAGACCCAAGAGCGUUUCUCGAUAAGUCUCAUAUUCAGAUGCAUCAGAGUUCUCAUCAAAAGAUCUAUUUCUUUCUUAUCCUAUUAGAAAAUUUCCUUUGAAAUUUUACUUUCUUCAAUGUGCAUAUAUAGCGGCGAAAAAUGUCAAGAAAACCGUGUUGUGUCGGAGAAGGGCUGAAGAAAGGGGCAUGGACCACCGAAGAAGAUAAGAAACUCAUCUCUUACAUCCACGAACAUGGAGAAGGAGGCUGGCGCGACAUUCCCCAAAAAGCUGGGUUAAAAAGGUGUGGAAAGAGUUGUAGACUGCGUUGGACUUACUACCUAAAACCUGAUGUCAAAAGAGGCGAGUUUAGUUCAGAGGAGGAACAGAUUAUUAUUAUGCUUCAUGCUUCUCGUGGCAACAAGUGGUCGGACAUAGCGAGACAUUUACCUAGAAGAACAGACAAUGAGGUCAAGAAUUACUGGAACACUCAUCUUAAAAAGCGUUUGAUCGAACAGGGUAUUGAUCCCGUGACUCACAAGCCACUGGCUUCUAAUUCCAACCCUACCGUCAACACGCCUCCAGAGAAUUUGCAUUCCCUUGCUGCGCCUAGUUCCGACAAGCAACACUCCCGGUCGAGCUCAUUGCCUUCCCUGUCUCGUCUUACCAACAAAGAUGGGACACCAGUUCAAGGCGGUUCCUUGAGUCACAAGAAACGUUUUAAGAGGUCGAGUUCUACAUCAAGGCUUUUGAACAAAGUUGCGGCUAAGGUCACUUCUGUAAAAGAAAUAUUGUCGGCUUCCAUGGAAGGUAGCUUGAGCGCUACUACAUUACCAUAUGCAAGCUAUUCUGAUGGCUUCUCUGAGCAGAUUCGCAAUGGAGAGGGUAGUUCCAACGCGUUCCUGACAAAUACUCUCGCCGAGUUCGAUCCCUUCUCCCAAUCACCGUUGUACAGUGAGCAUGAGAUCAACGCUACUUCUGAUCUCGGUAUGGAUUACGAUUUCUCACAUUUUCUUGAAAAGCUUGGGAGAGAUGACCACAACGAGGAGAACGAUAUGAAUGUCGAGUAUGGUCAUGAUGAUCUUCUUAUGUCCGAUGUGUCUCAAGAAGUCUCAUCAACAAGCGUUGAUGAUCGACACAAUAUAUUUGAAAAUUUUGAGGGUUGGUCAAAUUAUCUUCUUGACCAUGCGGAUUUCGUAUAUGACACGGAGUCUGAUACCCUCAUAUGAGUCUCCAUUACCAAACAGAAAGGUUUCAAACUAUUUGAAACUUGCCAACGAGAAGUUAUGUACGUGUGUAUUAUUUGCAUCGUUUAGUAUACGUCCAAGCUUUCAGGGGUAAUAAUCCCGAGUUUAGGGGUUAUAUCAUGUCAAAUAAGGGUUAAUCUUAAGUUUCCGCAAGAAGUAAAAAUAAUAAUAAUCGAAUUAGGGUUUCUCUGCCAUUGAGAACCAUGCAUGCAUGUAACCUCACGGAUCAAUUGGUAAUUGAUUUGGGUGGGCAAUGAUGUUUUACAAUGGUAAAUAUAAUAAAGUUUGUUUUAUUUAGCGUA